GUUUGAAGCUCCUGUGGUUGGUGGUUGUAGCCGGUGCUUAGUCAUCCUGCGAUUUUCGCCGGGUGCAGGGAACGUCAGGGACUCGCUCAUGAUUGUACACUCAUCCAUACUCCAUUUCGUUAUUGACACAUCUCGUCUGCCUGCGUAGUGCUCAAUUCCAUCAUGUAUUGCAUUCGUCGCGCCACAAGCUCCUCCUCACCGUUGCGGUCUGCCUCGUUCCUACGGUCUUGUCGUUCCGUGCCCCGAUCCAUAACCUCCAGCACAGGAGCUCGAAACUACUCAGCUGCUUCCAGAGCAAAUGCAUCUAUUUUACUGUCAAGCUCUCUUAGUGGGAAUGCCAGGCAGUUGACGCUCCCGCGCAAAGUGGACUUUGUCCAAUACCGCAACUAUGCGGAUACAGUUGUCAAGGUGCCGCAAAUGGCCGAAUCCAUUACAGAGGGCACUCUCAAGCAAUGGAGCAAACAGGUCGGCGAUUUCGUCGAGCAGGAUGAAGAAAUUGCCACUAUCGAAACAGACAAGAUUGAUGUUUCCGUGAACGCUCCUGAAGCAGGCACAAUCAAGGAGUUCCUGGUCAAUGAGGAAGAUACCGUCACUGUUGGACAAGAUCUUGUCAAGAUAGAGCUAGGUGGCGAACCAUCCGCUUCGUCGAAGGCCGAGGCCAAAGAGGAACCCAAAGAGCCUGCGCCCAAGGAGCAGGAGACGUCCUCGCAACCGGAAGGCGGCCAGGAGCAGGCCAAGGAACAAUCUAAACAGGAUGAAGCCCCACAGCCAUCUAAUCAAGAAUCCAAGCCCCAACAAUCCCCUCAAGAAGUCAAACCUGCUCAGCAGCCCACUAAACCCGCUCCAAAGGAAAAGGAUUCGGAUGCCAAAAAGGAAUCACAACCGGGCAAUCGUGAGGAGCGUCGGGUAUGUGAAAGAUUGUCUGAUCAUGGCCAUGUUACUGAGACUUGUAGGUGAAAAUGAACCGCAUGCGCCUACGCAUCGCCGAACGACUCAAGCAAUCCCAGAAUACCGCUGCAUCAUUGACGACUUUCAACGAGGUAGACAUGUCUUCCAUUAUGGAGUUUCGCAAGUUAUAUAAGGAUGAGAUC